UCGAUACAACAUAGACCUGCGCCAUGUUUGCCCACAUACUGGAAUUUUUAGGCCGAUCCCCGCCAGAUCCUGUGCGACUUCCACUCACCGGCAGCCACUGGCCCGUCCUGAUAGUUCUGACUACCUAUUUGGUGUUUAUAAAAAUUCUGGGUCCGAUGUUUAUGCAGAGCCGAAAGCCCUACGAUCUGAAUGGAGUAAUAAAGGCCUACAACAUCAUUCAAAUCGCAUACAAUAUGAUUUUGCUUGUCUUUGCUGUUUAUUUUAUGGUCGGGCCUGGAGAUUAUAGCUUUAAGUGCAUUUCCAACCUGCCACUGGAUCAUGAGUACAAGAACUGGGAGCGCUGGCUGAGUUACUCGUACUUCUUCAACAAAUUCAUGGAUCUGCUGGAAACGGUGUUCUUUGUCCUGCGAAAGAAGGAUCGACAGAUAACCUUCCUGCACGUCUUCCAUCACGUGUACAUGGUGUACUUUGGAUUUUUGUACCUGUACUAUUAUGGCUAUGGCGGCCACGCUUUCUUCUUGAUCACCUUCAACGUAGUCGUGCAUGUUUUGAUGUACACCUACUACUACCAGUCGUCUGUCAAUCAGAACUUACGAAAUGAUCUCUGGUGGAAGAAGUACAUCACCAUUGUCCAGCUGAUCCAGUUCGGGAUUAUACUGUCGCACAGCAUCUAUAUCCUACGACAAGACGAUUGCCACACAUCCCGCCUAUCAGCCACUUGGGGCUCAAUCAUCUCGGUUAUAUUCAUAAUUCUAUUUGGAAACUUCUACCUUCGCGCUUACAUAAUUCCUCAAAAAAAGAAGACAUCGCGAAGGGUACAUUGA